UAAUUAAAUAACAAAACAAACUCGGCAAUCGUUGUCUCCCGAAAAAUGGACUCGUCGGCGAAGCCCGAAAACCACGAUCCGCCGCCUGAGAGCGACGCCGCCACGCUCCUGGAUCUGAGCAGCUGUCAGCUGCGCGAUCUCAGCUCCGUCGACCUGCCGCCCACUCUCGUGGAAGUAGACCUGACGGCGAACCGGCUGACGGCGUUAGACCCCCGUCUCUCGCAGCUCUCAAAUCUCAAGAAGCUCUCUCUGCGCCAGAACCUCCUUAACGACGAUUCUGUCCUCCCCUUGUCGUCCUGGCACUCCAUCUCCGCCCUCCAAGAGCUGGUGCUGAGGGAUAAUCAAAUGAAGAUGAUUCCUGAUGUCACCAUAUUCAAAAUGCUUCUGGUCUUUGAUGUUUCAUUUAAUGAAAUUACUUCCCUCAAUGGGUUAUCCAAGGUUUCAAACACACUCAAAGAACUAUAUGUGUCCAAAAAUGAAGUAGCAAAGAUUGAGGAGAUUGAGCACUUCCAUGAGCUGCAAAUUCUUGAGCUCGGAUCCAACAGACUCCGGGUGAUGGAGAACCUACAAAAUUUAUCAUCCUUGCUAGAGCUAUGGCUUGGGCGCAAUCGUAUCCGUGUCAUUGACCUUUGUGGACUAAAAUGCAUUAAGAAGCUCAGCCUUCAAAGCAACCGCUUAACAUCUAUGACAGGACUUGAGGAAUGUGUUGCACUUGAAGAAUUGUACUUGAGCCAUAAUGGUAUUGCAAAAAUGGAAGGGUUAUCAACGCUAGUGAACCUCCGGGUCUUGGAUGUGGCAUCAAAUAAGCUCACAGAAGUAAAUGACAUUGCAAAUUUGACAAGGUUGGAAGAUCUGUGGCUUAAUGACAACCAAAUAGCGUCGUUGGAUAGCCUAGCUGAAGGUGCUGCUGGUUUCAGGGAGAGUCUCACAAUCAUCUAUCUCGAGCGCAAUCCCUGUGCAACUUCUCCCAACUACAUGUCUAGGAUGAGAGAAAUAUUCCCCAAAAUUGAGCAAGUUGACUCUGAAAUCUUUGCAUAGAGAUAGAGCUUUUUGCUUAAGCCGUUUUUGUUUUGUUUGAGAACAAACUAGUGUUGGCAUGAAUUUUUACUCAUUGUUUUCACUUAUUCCCCAAAUAUAAUUGAAGUAUUGUGUAAAUUUUGGUUUAUGUUUUCUGAUUGUAAAACAGCUGCUUAUGUGUUGUAAUGUUGAAGAAACCAGAAAUGCACUGUCAUAAGGCUGACAAUUUCAAUAAUUAUGAAUUUUGCGCAUCUA